UGUUAGUAAACAUGUCUGAAUUGAUACACGUGAAAAGAAGUUGGUUUUAACGUUGCUUAUUUAUUUCAUUUCUUUUUGUAAAUAAACAUGAGAUACGGUUUGGUAUUUCAUUCCACUGCCUUAAGGUAUCUGUACAAAAAUAUUUUAAAUAGAAAAUUUUUACAGUUUCAAACCAAGCCGAUAAAACUUUUAUCUAAUGUAGAAUCAUUUCGUGACAUAUACGAUAUUCCUCUUGAUUACGAACCUUUAAAUAGGCAUUUUCAGUUAAUUAAAGAAGAAUAUGAGAGUCUUCUCAAGGAACAGUCGAACGAAUACAGUAAACGCUUGGACGAGCUAAAAUCAAUUCUGUAUAUCAUUCAAGAAAUUGAAAGUACCAAAAAUGACUUAACGGAGUUGGAAUCUCUUAAAAAAUCAGUUGAACCUUCAGAUAAAACUUUAAGAAGUGCAAUUGAUGUUGAAUUCAGAAAUUUUAUGACAAGAUUGAAUUCUUUGAAAUGUCAGAUUUUUGAUUCACUUGUUCCUUCUGAAUAUAUUGAUAAAAAAGAUAUAACAUUGGAAAUAACUGCUGGAGUUGGUGGAAAAGAAUCAACUUUGUUUGCAAAAGAUUUGUUUGAUAUGUAUUGCAACUUUUCAAAAUGGAAAGGAUGGAAUUAUCAAAUAUUACAAUAUGAUAAGAGUGAUUUAGAUGGUUUAAGGUCGGGAGUUAUUAGCGUGAUUGGUAAUGAUCCCGGAAGAUUCUUUAAAUUUGAGGGUGGCGUCCAUAGAGUUCAGAGAGUGCCAAAAACAGAAAAAUAUGGCAGAAUUCACACUAGUGUUUGUACUGUUGCAAUACUUCCUCAUCCAUCUGAUGUAGAAAUCAAGCUAGAUCCGAAAGAUCUGUUGAUAGAAACCAAAAGAGCCAGUGGGGCAGGAGGACAGCAUGUUAAUACUACAGAAAGUUGUGUACGUGUAACACAUCUUCCUUCAGGAGUAAUGGUUGAAAGACAAACAGAGAGAGAACAACACUUAAACAAAAAAUAUGCACUGGAAGCUAUACGCUCUAUUUUAUAUCAGAAACAACUUCAAGAAGAAGAAUCCAAGCAGCAUUCCAAUAGGAAACUUCAGAUAGGUACGGGAGCCAGAUCGGAAAAAGUUCGAACGUAUAACUUCAUCCAGGAUCGUAUAACAGAUCAUCGAAUUGCCGAAAACGUUUACGGAAUGGAAGAAUUUCUGAAAGGGCAACAGAAGUUUGAGAAAUUGGUAAUGAUGCUGUUAGAUUUUUCCAAGUUAGAGAGGUUAUUAGAAAUCCUCCAUCGUUAAAACGUUCUUAUCAUCACCAAAAAUCAAUUCAUUGUAAAAAAUAGUAAUAAAAUACAUUUUUAG